GUUGAAGCAAAAACGACAGACUCCUCGAAACUAUCAGGGCAAAAUGGAUAUAUAAGGGUGUCCUUCUCCUCACCUCAACCAUCUUAUCUCAUCACUCAUUCACUCUUCACUACUCAGCUCAACAACCUAAUCUACUCUUCACUACUCUCUUUUCGAGACCAACUCUCCCAACUCAUCAAAAUGCAGUUCUCCAUCAUCGCUCUCCUCGCCGUUGCCACCGGUGCUCUUGCUGUUCCCGGCAAGCCUUCUAAGCCCCAGAAGCCCGAGAAGCCCGCUCCUCCCACCCAAAUCAACGUCCAGACCUGCGGCAACGAGCAGUCUCUCUACUGCUGCAAUAGCGAUGGUCAUGGCGAAGAGGUCAAGUGCGAGUCCUUCUCCAACGGCGGAGUUGGCGGCAACUGCAACGGUAUCCAGAUGUGCUGCAACAACAACCAAGGUUCUCAGGGCUGCUCCUUCGCCGUUGGCGGUGGCGUCAUCAUCGUCGGAGACGGCAAGAAGCACUGGUAA